AUGGGAUCAAACCCUCAGAAGGGCCCGGCCGAGCCAGACCAGAGAGCACCACUUCCCCCGGGCACAGGUCCUCGAAAUCCAGCCCCUCCACCGGUCAACAGCAGCAAGAUGAAGACCGGACUCGUCAAGCGCUGCUGCCUGCUCCCCUUGUCCGCCGCCAUCCAGGCCUGGAAGGACUACAAGCACGGCCGCUCCUCCCGCAUAUUAUCACGUCACCAGUCCGCCGCGGCGGAGGAGCCAUCCCAGGAGCCGCAGACCCGAAACGAAGAAGAACAAGAAGGAGGCCAAGCCGCCGCCGACCUCGCCCGAAAGCAAGACGAGACUGAGACCUCGCCGGAUGGGAAGAAGCCGCAGAUCUCCGGAUGGAUACCACCGAGAGAAUCGAAGCUGGCAGCAGAGCCCAAAGCAAACCCCGACGACGACGACGACGUGCCGGUCUGGCGCUACAACCAUCGCAAUACCGAGUUCCCCUGGCGCAUCGAGCGCACGGUGCAGCCGCACGAUGCCGACUGGCGGGGGACUUGGAUCCUCGAGGCCAAGGAUAUGUGGUCGAUCGACUGGCAGCAAGGGCUCACGCCGGAAGGAGUGCGUCCUCCACAGGCGCACUGGCCUUUUGCGGUGGUUGAUCGUCGUCGACGGGAAGGAGGGUUGAACGGGUCGAGGGGAGGAGAGUCGACCGGGUCGGAUGAACUCCUUGACUUACUCAGGAGGCCCAAACCCACGAUCAGAGAGCAAACGGGUUGCGAAUCUCAUACAUGA